AUGUCAUCAACACACGAGCACGAGGAUGAGGAGCGUGACGAUGGCGAGGAAGAGCAGGAGAUUCAUGUUGAUGUGGAUUCGGAUUCGCGCAUAUCCUGCGGCAGUGGCUCCGAAGUAGAUAUGGAAGGUGGCAGUUGUUAUGACGAAAUGGAAACUCCGCUCAGUGAAUCGGUGCAAUCGGAGCAAACGCGAUCAUCAUCCAGUGAGAAUUUACCCUUUAGCAUAUCUCGCCUGCUGUCGAAACCCUUCGAGAACAAUAACAAACAAAGUCCUGAAAGGGAAAUACACAGUGAACACGAUUUGGCUGCCUACAAGUUGGCCACAAGCAUAGCAACAUCGACGUAUGGUGGCGCCACCGCACUCUAUACCUAUCCGCAUUUAUAUCCGACCGCGGCUGCGGCAGCCGCUGCCGGCCAUGUUCUGCGUGUACCACCACAACGCACCCCUUUAACUUGGGCGUUACCACCGUUACACCAUGCCGCUUUGGCUCACCAAGCAGUCAAGGAUAGAUUGGCAGCUGCUUUUCCCAUUACCCGUCGCAUUGGUCAUCCAUAUCAAAAUCGCACACCACCAAAGCGGAAAAAGCCGCGAACCUCCUUCACACGCAUUCAAGUGGCCGAACUGGAGAAACGUUUUCAUAAGCAAAAAUAUUUGGCGUCCGCCGAACGAGCGGCAUUAGCGCGCGGCCUUAAGAUGACCGAUGCACAAGUGAAGACCUGGUUCCAGAAUCGUCGCACGAAGUGGAGGCGUCAAACGGCUGAGGAACGUGAAGCCGAGCGUCAAGCGGCAAAUCGCCUAAUGUUGUCGCUGCAGGCAGAAGCAAUUAGCAAAGGAUUUGCUCCACCACCAGCAGCGCCGCUCUCCACACAAUCAGUUAACGGAGCACCAUUGGCGGCUCUUCAUGGACUUCAGCCUUGGGCUGAAACACAUGCGGCUGGCUGCUAAUCCUUCACACGGAUCAAGCAAGUUGGGGCGUUAAUGGUGCACCAAAUGUCAAAGUGCAGUAAAGUUCAUUUGUGAUAUGCUUUGUACAUAUAGGAAAAUCUACU